AUGAAAUGCAAAUAAACUACUUAUAUGGGAUAAAUAUCUAUACCAGACAUCUGUGUUGAGAUCCCGUCCUCCUUCAAGAAAUCUAAUACCUCUACUACUGCUGUACCCUUGAGCUAAACGAUAUUCUCUUAUAACCACCAGACUAGACACCGUCAUAUAUUUCGGACACAAUGGGUCUCUGCUUUAGCUUCCCUCGACGCCACCACCCCAUGAUGAUGAGACCAGUCAUGGUCGCUCAUCCUCGUCCUAUGAUGGGAGGAUUCGGGAUGCCCAUGGGGGGUAUGGGGAUGGGCCGUAUGGGAAUGGGUGGCAUGCGCAUGGGAGGCAUGGGCAUGGGUCCGAUGGGUGGGAUGGGUGGAAUGGGAUUCGGAGGCCCACGAUUCGGUGGGAUGAGGGGAGGGGGGAUGUAUGGAGGGCGUUGUUAGAUUGAAACGAUGCGUUCCAGUCAGAUGAAGCAUUAAGACAAUAAACAAUACUGAAGACUGCUGUUCUUUACAAAUAUUUCACCGUCAUAUUCCAAAGAUCACAGAAUGCGACCUUUUAGAUAUGCCAUGUAGAGU